CUCGUCACUUGGGUCUCCUCAACGUUCCUUUUGAUCGUGGCUUUUUCACUUCCUCUUUGAUCUCAGCCCUCGAGUUAAGCGAGUUUGAAAGAUUAGCUAACCGUACUUCCAUGGCGGAUUCGUCGUCUGCUUCGUAUAUUCGCAUGGUGCAUCACCUGAUAGAGAAGUGUUUGAUCUUUCGGAUGAGUAAAGAAGAGUGCAUGGAAGCCCUCUCCAAGCAUGCAGAUAUCACACCUGUCAUAACCUCCACCGUGUGGAAUGAACUGGAGAAAGAGAACAAGGAGUUCUUCGAGGAAUAUGCACAGUCUCGAGGCAAAGACGACCGAAUGUCGGAGGAAGAGACGAGCCGGAUGAUUCAGAAGAUCAUCUCCUCCUCUGAUUCUGCCUCCAAAGAUUCACAACAUGAUGCCGACGUCGCCGACGACCAUUCAAACCCAGACGUUUAACAUAUUCUCUCUUAUAAUAGUAGCUACCCCGAAAGCGAUUUCGCCUUGGUAUAUAUGUCUUUAGUUGUCUCAAUAUGCCAAAACCACACA